UAAUUAAAUAGAUCUCGAUAGAUCAUAAGUAGAAACUUCCGUAUAUCUAAGUAUUUUUUUUUAUUCAGAAAAGAUAAAAUGAAUUAUAAUUCGGCAUUAUUCACUCUCAUUGUAAUACAAUCUUCUGCAGUUCUCUUAAGAGAUGACAAAGUUGUUGAACGCCUAACAAUAAAUGAUAACUUACGAAGUUCUGUAGAAUGUGGAUCUAAUUUUACCAAAGGAGUGGAGCAACUAACAAUCCAUGGUGCAGUCAAUAUUUCUGGUAUAGAGGUUUACUCUAUUGCAUUUGAAAUUCUGCAUUCUGGGAGCAAAGAGCCUUUAGAAUGCAAUAUUAUAAACCAAACAACCAAUCUGAGUUCGAACCGACCUGAAUGCGGAUAUCAACAAGACCCCACAGACUUAAAUAUAGGGAAAUUCACCUAUCGGAUUGCCCUUACAGAAAAGUAUAGUUUGGCAGUUUUCAAGGCAACUCUUAAUUUUAAAAAGGGUUCCGAAGACGACAGCGAGAUAAAAAAUAUCAAGUUGCCUAAAGUUCUUCAUUUCCAACCAGAAGAUUUAAGAUAUGAAAUUUACAUUGAUGAUCAGCCACUUGGCAACAAAACCAACGUCUCUAUGCCAGACCAUAAAAGCAACUUAAAAAUCAAGUAUCAUAGUUUGCAUGGGAAAAAGUUCACAACUAAAAUGGAAAUAACAUACAGUAAUAGAACAUAUACUUUAAAAGACGGCAAAGAAUAUUGGCUUAAUUGGAGUAUUUCCGAUUGUAGAGAAUGUAAUGUCACUGUAAGAUUUUUCAUCUGCACUAAUUUGACCAAUGAGACAUGUAUCAUUUUUAUAAAUAGAAGUACCGGGUCAAGAGAAAGCUUGAAUUAUAACUAUUUCUACAUUGGAUUUGUGAUUUUACCUCCAAUAAUAGUUUUAGCAAUUUUAUGCAAGAAACGAAAAUGUAAAGGAAAAAAAAAAUCUAACACCAGCGAAAAGCCUGAUUCAAAAGAUUACAACCAAUCUGAGCCAAAGAAUAGUAAAAUAUAUAUUGUUUUUCUUGUUUACCUGAUGACGAUAAACUCACACCAAAUCAAGGCUUUAGCUAAAUGUAUUCAGAAAUUGGAACAUGAAAGUCCAUAUUUAGUAAUAGUAGUACACAUGUUAAGCAACGGAGCAAAGGAAAUAAAUGCGUAUAUUCAUUCUAAAACAUGUUUAACAGACAUAUUCAUUUAUGAAGUGAAUGCACCUGUUGAAGAAUAUUUCGCAAAAAAAGAAGAUAUCUUGCUUAAUUUACGGAAAUUUAUUGAUGAUGAUGAGAUAUACACAGAUAUACACACGUCCCUCAACCAAAAUAUUGUUAUUAUUGACGUUUCUGAAAAACUUAUAACAACAACAGAGAAGUCUAUAUUGUCUCUUUUUUCUAAAGAAAAAGGAAAAUUAAUUGAAAAAGUACCUUUAAAUACUGGAGCAGAAAUAACAAAUAAAAUAAUCUCUAACAAUGUGAAGGUUGAUACUAAAAGAAACAUUCUUUCUCGAAACAACAGCUGUUCAAAUCAAGUCACUACAGCGCCAGAUGUGUCCUUACCUGGAUCUCAAAGUUUGUGUUCGCCAUCUCAUCCAACCAACUUCCAACCUUUUAUUGUUAAGCAAGCUGAAUGUCAAUCAAAUUAUAUUAAUAUUGAAAACGAGAGUUUUGCUAAAGAUGAAGAUAACCAUAAAAAAAGUAUUAGUGUAAAUGAAAUAUCUAAAAAGGGUUUGGAUUUUUUUUCAAAUCUUUUUAAUGUAAAGAAGCCACAAGAAAUCACAAGAAAUAAUGUUGAAUUAGACAGGAAUCAUCCAAAAGUAACUUACAUGGACGACAAUGUUAAAAUCAAAACUGCUGAAAGAACGCCCCUUGUCAACCCUUCUAAAAGUACAGAAAGAAAAAAUGAAAUAGAAACUGCAGUAAAACAAAGCAUGCUUGGAAGAAGAAAUUCCAGUAAAAGUAUCGAUUUAAAGGAGUCGAUUGAAAAACAAUUACUAGAGGAAAAAAAUACAUCAGAGACAGAUCCACAAAACAAGUUAAAUGAUCAUGUAAAACUUUUUGUUAGUAAUAUAUUAACUGACAUAGACCCAGAUAGUGAACAAUUAAAUGAUAUUUUUUAUUUAUUUUUAAGAAAAGCAGAGUCGUCAAAAAUCAAGGACUACAAAGAUACAUAUUGGUUAGUUGAAUUAAUUCAAUUUAUUUUUAAAACUUUUGAAAAAAAUAAUGCAAAUGCAUCUAAUUUUUUGAGCAAUUUUUUAUAUCAUAUGUUAACAAUUCUUAUAAAUAAAAAAUUAGCUGACGCAUAUUUGGUUGUCGAAAUAAAAAACAAGAUAUUAAAUCUAACACCAAAUGAGAUGGAAAACAACAUUCCAAAGAAAAAUGAUAAUUUCAAUUUAAAUCAAGUGGAUAAAAAAAGGACAGAAAAUGGUAAAUACAAAAGUAGAAUCGAUGGCAAGGAAAAUCUAAGAGCUGACGAAAAUGAAACUACAUAGUUCGAAUUCCCCAAAUUUAUUGUACUGUUUUUCCAUUUUGUCAAUUUUAAUGAUGACCUUUCAAAAAUAGUUUUUUUUUCUAAGGUGUACAAAUAUAAAUAUUUAUGUGUAUGACUUAGAACAGAUUUUAAAAGUAAAUGUUUUGUUUAACUUCUCAAUACAUAAUUGUUGAUGUUUUUUUUAUGUGUAAUAUUACUUUUCGAUUAAUAGACGAAUUCAAGAGACUAAACAUGACACAUAAUUACCCAUAAAUUUCUAAAAUAUAAAUACACUCCAAACUAGAAAUACACUGGGCGAAAAUGUUCUUUUCUUUUCAGAUUUUUUUAGCUGCAUGAAACGAGUUUGUUUUCUUGUUUGUCAAAUCCACAUUUCCAUCUUUUAUCAAUAUUUGUAGAAGUAAAUUUUAAUUUAGAUUUUAAAUAGUCGUCACAUCAUUGUUUGUUAGUCAAUGGCAUGUAAUGGUUGUGAAACACUUUUUGGGGUUAUGAGGUACGCUUGUUUAUGGAGAAUAUGAUGUUGCACGGUAUAAAUUCUUAUAUUUUUGUGUUUCACGUGAGAGACAAGAGCCCACGAUUGAAUUGUGGGGUAUUGAUCACAUGGGCAGGUAGUAGACCCCAGAGAUUUUAAAGAAGACAGACGUGUCCUGUAUUAAAGUUGAAAGUAUUACUUGAUAUGUACUUAUGGUAUUUCAUUUUGGAUUAUUGUGUUAUUUUGGAUUAUAUGGAAGAUAUGUUAUUUGAUUCAUUGAUGGCUGAGAUAGCCAAUUAUUGUAUGCUAUCUUUUUAUGAAGAAUAAAUGUCGUCUGCUACA